CCAGCCCAGCAUCACCACAACGCCUUGCCCGCUCAACGCAUCAACACCUCGAUCACAGUCGCAUAACGUACGCGACUCAACCAAUAGCGAGUGAAAAGCGAUCUCGCGCCCACAAUGGCCACCAACGGCCGCCCAACACCUCCGCCUUCAGAUCAACCCACAGCCACAGCAGCAACAAAAGCCAUCACAGACCCCGAGGUCCCGCUCACAUCUGCGCAAGACGAUGGAACAUCAAAACGCCCACGCGAUGCGCGCCUAAUCCACGCAGUUCUUUCCAACUACGGCAUAACAAAUUACCAAGAACGCGUACCGCUCCAACUCCUCGACUUCGCCUACCGCUACACAUCAGGAAUCCUCUCCGACUCCCUCCGUCUCGCAAGCGAAGGCUACACAAAUGCAGCACCAGCAGCUGGUAGAGGUCGAGGCGCUGCUACAGACGAGGGAGAUAAGAUCACCGUGACGAGUCUGCGACAAGCGAUUGCUGCGCGACAAGGGUAUACUUUUCAAGGUGCACUGCCGAAAGAGUUCCUGCUUGGACAAGCGAUGGAGAGGAAUCGCAUUGCCUUGCCGCCUUUGAGUCAGGGAUAUGGAGUGCAGUUGCCGCCAGAGAAGUAUUGCUUGACGGGCAUUGGGUGGAAUAUGAAGGAUGAGUGGGACAGUGAGGUUGAAGAGGAUGAGAGGUUGGCAAGGACCGGGACAGGAGCUGCUGGCGUGGGAAUGGAGAGAAGUGCCAGUCAGAGGAAGAGUGCGGCACCGCCCGUGGAAGAGGACGAGACGAUGGGCGGGGUCGAUGAGGACGAGGAAGGCGCGGGGAGAAUGGAAGAUGUGUUCGGGGAAGAUGAGGGAGGGGAUGUGAAGAUGGGACAGGAUUGAGGCUUAUGAGUCAGAUGACUUCGAAUUGCUAUUAGCGAGGCGUUGGGGUUGGGAAAACGGACAGCAUGCAGCAGCAUCAGCGUCCCGCUGUAAGUGCAGCCAGAACGACAAUUGUAAAAUCGAAUCCAAAUUUCUUGUGGUUUGCAUCCUCGCGAGUCCUCGAAGCCGCGUACAGGCGCCGUCCGACAAUCCAGCUCAUCACAUAUCAGAC